AAUGAGGAAGCCACAAGCCCACCACCAUUGCACUCAAAAGCUUCAGCUCAAGCUCAAGGUCCACACCAACAAUGGCAAGCAGCAGCUCAGUGCUGGCCGUCCUGGCCACCCUAGCCCUGCUGCUCUCCCCAGCCGCCUCAGCCCUCUCGUCCACGCUGUCCCCGGACUUCCACGCGGAGACGUGCCCGCAGCUGGACGGCAUCGUGCGCGCGGCGGUGCAGGCCGCCCUCACGAGCGAAAUCGCCAUCGCCGCCGGCCUCGUACGCAUCUACUUCCACGACUGCUUCCCGCAGGGCUGCGACGCCUCCAUCCUCCUCAACAACACCGCCGCCCGCGAGACGGCGCUGGGCCCCAACCUCACCAUCCAGCCGCGCGCCAUGCAGCUCGUCGAAUCCAUCCGGUCCACGGCGCACGCCGCCUGCGGGCCCGUCGUCUCCUGCGCCGACAUCACCCUGCUCGCCACCCGCGCCGCCAUCGUCGCGUCCGGCGGGCCCACCUUCCCCGUGCCCCUCGGCAACCUCGACAGCCUCGCCCCGGCGUCACAGGACAAGGUGUUCGACCUCCCGUCGCCGGCCACCGCCAGCGUCGCCGCUCUUGUGCAGUCCUUCGGCACCCGGGGCCUCGGCGACGUCGCCGACCUCGUGGCGCUCUCCGGCGCGCACACCAUCGGGAGGUCGCAGUGCGGCAGCUUCUCCGACAGGUCUCAGCGUGCCGACGACACUUUCUCCAGGAAGCUCGCCGCCAACUGCAGCAAGAACCCGGACCGUCUGCAGAACCUGGACGUGAUCACCCCCGACCUGUUCGACAACGGGUACUACAAAGCGCUGGGGUUCAACCAGGGCGUGUUCACCUCCGACAUGGCGCUGGUCAAGAACAAGACCACCGCGGCCAUCGUGAAGCAGUUCGCCGCGAGCAAGGAUGCCUUCUUCGCGCAGUUCGCCAAGUCUAUGACCAAGCUCGCCAGCGUGCCCAAGCCGGCGGGCAACGUUGGGGAGAUCCGCCGCUUCAGCUGCUUUAGGACCAACGCCCAGAGCGCCGUCAUCAUCGAGACCGCCGGCAAGGAGGAGGCCUUCGCCGCUUCCGCAUGAUCGGUCGUUCCGGCAGCCGACUGGCAUGCAUGCAGUUCCCGCAGACCGCGCGUGACGUUAGCGUGUAGUGCACUGCUGUCCUACUAGUGUUGUUCUUGUGUGGGUUUGAGGGUUUGUGUUGACUGUUUUUGUUGCGUUGGAGUAGUAAUAAUAAGACGACACAUGCGGCGGACUCAUGGAUGUCAUUGAGAAAUGUUUGUAGAUUCUCAUGCCGGCCGGUCUCACUAUUGAAAUCUACUAGCUCUUUAUUUUGUACGUAUA